ACCAGGGAGUGCCGCAGUACACCGGGGAGUGCCUGCGACCUCAGCCAAGGCCUUGGCUCUCCCCUGGCAGGCAGACAGGGCCGCACAGCCCUGAGCCCACUGUGCCCGGCUGCACAGGACCGCACCGGACGCCGGUCUGUGGGAACCUCGCCAUGUGGACUGGCUGGUGGCUCUGGUCCCUGGUGGCUGCCUGCUCUGCAGACUCAUUCCGGGAUGAGGCAGAGAGGAUCAUGCAGGACACACCUGUCGUCGAUGGGCACAACGACCUGGCCUGGCAGCUCCUGGACCAGUUCAACAACCAGCUGACGCUGGAGGCGGCCAACCUGAGCACGCUGGCCAGCACCCACACCAACAUCCCCAAACUGCGGGCCGGCUUUGUGGGGGGCCAGUUCUGGUCCGUGUACACGCCCUGCGACACCCAGAACCGGGACGCCGUGCGGAGGACACUGGAGCAGAUGGACGUGGUGCACCGCCUGUGCCAGACGUACCCACAGGCCUUCCUGUGCGUCAGCAGCAGCGCAGGCAUCGAGCAGGCCUUCCAGGAGGGCAAGGUGGCCAGUCUGAUCGGCGUGGAGGGCGGGCACUCCAUCGACAGCAGCCUGGGCGUGCUGCGGAUGCUCUACCGGCUGGGCAUGCGCUACCUGACCCUCACCCACAGCUGCAACACCCCCUGGGCCGACAACUGGCUGGUGGACACAGGCGACGAAGCGGCCCAGAGCCAUGGCUUGUCGCCCUUCGGAAAGCUUGUGGUGAAGGAGAUGAACCGCCUGGGCGUCAUCAUCGACCUGUCCCACGUCUCUGUGGCCACCAUGAAGGCUGCACUGCAGCUGUCCCAGGCCCCGGUCAUCUUCAGCCACUCGUCGGCCUACAGCCUGUGUGCACACCAGCGCAACGCCGCCGGGGUGCCCUGCCCACUGCCCAACAAGACGGGCAGCGUGGUGAUGGUGGACUUCUACAACGACUACGUCUCCUGCAGAAAGGAGGCCACCCUGUCCGAAGUGGCUGACCACCUGGACCACAUCAAGAAGGUGGCAGGCGCUGGUGCCGUGGGCCUGGGGGGAGACUAUGACGGCGUCACGAGGCUUCCCGUGGGGCUAGAGGACGUCUCCAAGUACCCGGACCUGAUCGCCGAGCUGCUCAGGAGGAACUGGACAGAGGACGAGGUCAGGGGUGUGCUGGCGAGAAACCUCCUGCGGGUCUUCAGGAAGGUGGAGGAGGUCAGCGAUCACACACAGACCCCGGAGGAGCUGCCCAUCCCCCUGGAGCAGCUGGACGGCUCCUGCAGGACACUGUACGGCUACUCAAAGGCCCCCAGCCUCCGCCGCCAGCCUGGGCUCCUGCUGGCCCCCCUCGCACCCCUGUUCCUCAGCUUGUCUUCUGUGGCACCUUGAGGACCAGCAUCCCUUCAAGGCUUCCUGGGCUUGGGAAGUCUGGGCAGAGAGCCCAUCCCAAGCCCUGACCCCCACACAAGGCUCUGCACCUCCUGAGCCAGCGCUGGGCUCCCUGGUGGACAGGACCCUGGCGACCCUCGAGACCCUCAGUAAAAGCAGCCAUCCCUCCAA